GUGCGGGAUUGGCCAGCACAGGGAGCAGCUCUGAGGCUGCUCUCUGUAAACAGAGCAGCCUUGCCAAGCUGAGCUGCCUCAGAAGGGCGAGUGGCUGUGGCUGCAGGCAGCUGAGAGCAGUGACACCGCCACACGCUGUUCCCAUCGCUGCUGUCCUUCAUCUCCGCUGCUCGCCUCGUCCGGAUGAGACUUGGGCAGGAAUAUUUGCUUGGGUACGGGGUGAAGGGCACGGAGAGGUGGUUGGAGGACAAGGAACUGCCUAAGCCUGACAUCCUGAACACCCAGCUGAGCUCAAAGGUGGGAGAGAACACUCAAGCCCACUGAGCAGCCCAUCCCAGCUACCACAGCAACCCCCUGGGAUCGGAAUCCUGGGAAAAACAACAGCAAAUUCAGCAGGGCUCUGGAUUCUAAACCAAAAUAAAAGCUACUGCCAAACUUCCAGCAGAUCUGCUUUGGCACCGAGGCUGGGGCACUGCUGGAAGAGCAUCUGGGAGAAGCAAACUGUGCCGAGCAGGUGCUGGGGGAGCAGGGGCCCCAAGGGACCUUUCCCUGCCUGCUCCACCAUGAUCUCUGGUUGAGGGCUCCUGGCCACCUGCGCAAGCGGCAGAAGAAGCCUCUGCAAGAUCCUCCCCGGCUCCGUUGGACCAAAAGCGAGGAAGUAUUUUUGGAUAAGAGCGUGGGUUGGUGGAUCUUCUUGAAGGAUGUCUGGCCAGGACCCUGAGGACCUUGGGGCAGAAAUCCUCUCGGAAAAGUCUCGGAUGAUCCCUGGGCUGCCCCCGUACGACAUGGAUGAGCGGCUGCUUCCCGGGGAGCCCCGCAGCCCCUGCUGCUGCCUGGCCUGGACCCUGCUGAUAGGAGCCAUGAACUCCCUGGUCUUCCUGCUGAAUUUGCUCCUGAUGUUUGUUAUUUUCACCAUUGUGCUGCUCCCUACCAUCGUGGUGGUUUACUUUGGCUUCCAGUGCCACUCCCAGGUGCUGCACUCCUCUGCCCGCUACUGCAAGAGCAUCUUGGACGACAACAGCUCCUCCGCCCUCAUCAUCCUGGGCUUCGUCAUCAUGUCCCCGCUGCUGGUGGUGGCCAUGGCCAUUUACUGCAGCCUGGCCCGGCGCCUGCAGCUCCUGGUGUGCUUCCAGCCCUACAGCCUGGCCCUCUACAAGGGGGGCCGCUGGUGCCGGGCUCCCGGCUGCGCCAGGGGCUGCAACACCCAGCUCAAAGCCUGGGUGUGACCCCGCAGCGUCCCCUCCCCGUGCCUCAUCCUCACCCUCAGCCCCCCCGCUGAUUUAUCCCCCCCCAAAGAACUGCAACAGAGCGAAAACGCGGCGUGGGACGGGGAGGGCAGGGCAGCUUCGUCCUUCCAGACCCUCUCUUGGUGGCGUUUGUUGGUGUUGCUGUCUGCUCGUUGCUGGAUGCUGUCCCCUUUGUCCUCAGUAGGAGCAUUCCCAGCUUUCUGUAGGGAUAAAGUUCUGUCCCAAAGCCCUGGCUGCAGCAGAACCACCUCUUGUUCUCCGCUUGGUAGCUUGCUGUCAGGUAAAAUGUAAUUUUGGGGUUUUUUUUUUUCUGGGGAUUGGUUUUUCCUGCCACGUGCCCUGCACGGCUCUGAUACCACCCAGAGGAAUAACCAGGGGUGGUUACACGGGAAAGUGAACUGGAGAAGGGGAAAAUAAAAAAAAAAGGAGGAAAAGGAGUUGACAUUUUCUGACAAGACUGAAGAAAACACGAGAAAGUUCUGUUCCAGGCGAGGGAGAUCGUGCUACAGGAUAACAAGGUUUUGCCUGAGGGCAGCGUCUGCUCACUGGGUACAGAUAUUUGAUAGGAGCUGCUGUUCCUUUUGCUCACCUGUUUUUUAAUCCAACUGCUUUUACAAGGGAAGCAUUCUUCAGCCUGGCUGGGCUGCAAGGAUUGUAAUGAACCACCCCCGCUGGUGCCCCUGCAAAGAAACCCAGAGUUACUCGCUACGGCCUCCCCAAUAAAGCAAAACUCUAUUUCA